AUGUCGGUCUCCAACGGAGUCACAAACCCCACAAAAACCCCCACAGAAAACGUAGUCGCCACCAACGGCUCCUUGGUUCAUGUCAACAUGACCACCAUCACAAAAUUGAGUGCUACGAACUACAUCAUGUGGCGUCGUCAAGUUCAUGCCCUAUUUGAUGGGUAUGAAUUGGCUACGUACCUUGAUCUGUCCAAACCCGUCCCAAAUCCACUCAUCACCCUCCCUGGAGCAACCACAACCACGGAGAAUCCUGCUCACACUCUGUACAAGCGACAAGAUAAGCUCUUGUACAGUGCCAUCCUUGGCGCCAUAUCCCUCUCCAUCCAGCCAAUCCUGUCCAAAACAACCACAACAUCUGAAAUCUGGGAAACACUUGCUGCCACAUACGCGAAGCCAAGUCGUGGCCACAUCAAACAACUCAAGUAUCAGAUCAAGCAAUGGAAAAAGGGCACCAAGACAAUUGAUGAGUACCUCCUUGGUCUCACAACUCGCUUUGACCAACUCGUGCUGCUUGGCAAAGUCAUAGAUCUCGAAGAUCAGAUCGAGUUUGUUCUCGAAGGUAUACCAGAGGAGUACAAAACACUCAUCGACCAAGUUGAAGGUCGAGACUCUCCUCCCUCCUUGACAGAGCUUCACGAGAAGCUCAUCAACCAUGAAGUCAAGAUUGUCACGGCGGAACCUGCUUCCCACAUGCCUGUUUCUGCCAACGUCGCCACCAAUCGCUUCAUACCUAACAACAACAAAAGCAAUCCUCGCAAUCAACCUUGGCAGUCUAACCAGCGCCAAAACACCGACACCAACAACUCGACUUGGCAACCACGACCAUACCUCGGAAAGUGUCAAAUCUGUGGGGUCCAAGGCCACAGCGGCGUGCCCACAACUCUCGCGUCAACCUACAGGAGUCCUUCCUGGUCCCACACCAUGGCAACCAAGAGCCAACUUUGUCGCAAGUGGCUCGCAAAUCCAACCAAAUUGGCUUCUGGACUCAGGCGCCACACACCACAUCACUUCCGACCUAGCCAACCUUGCUCUCCAUCAGCCAUACACAUGAGGCGAAAAAGUCAUUGCCGGUGA